AUGUUUGCCUACAGUUUAUUUCGGACAGCAGUAGAACCGAGCGCUCAUUGCAUAAGAAGCGGUGCUGGAGCGUUUUUAUGCAGAAUUAACACGUUUAACACAACACAGAUAUGCGGAUAUGCUAAGAAAGUUGCUUCAAAAGGAAAAGGUAAAGGCAUGAUGAAAGAGGAACUGAAAGGUCCAGAGGUGUGUAAAGACCCAGUCAGACUAACGUCCUAUGCUGUCGGGGUGAACAUCUACAAACAAGGGGAGGACCCCAAACUAAAGCCUCCUGAGGAAUAUCCUGAGUGGUUGUUCCAGUUGGACUUGGGGAAAGCCAAAAAGCUGCACGAGCUGGAACCUGACACCUGGGAGUACUGGAAACGUCUGAGGAAGGAGAACAUUUGGCGCUACAACAGACUGCACAAAGGGAAGAAGCUGUAGACCCUUCACUGGACUGACAUUUGGCUUCCGUCUGUUUGAGCGACACACUUCACAGCUGGGGAUGAAUAACUAUGAAAGUGAUGGGACGUUUCUAUGUAACUAAUGUCUGUAAUGAGGGAAUCUAUUUGGCACUUGUCCUGCAGCAUGGUUAUUGUAGUCAGAAGAUGAACAGAAGUGAUUUCUUUCCUUUAUUCUGUUAGGAAGGCGCUGCACAAAAGUGGCGGUGGAGUCAAGUACUAAAACUCAAGAUCUACUGUUAUAAUAAAAGAUGGGACCUUAAA